UGGUCAAAUUAGCCUAGAAGCUAUCAGCGUGAGCGUCUCUUUACGGAAGGGCGUGCAGCUGCGCAUGCUCAGUGAGGGUCGCAGGAAAGAUGGCGGAACCUGAGCCCAGAAGAAAGAUUCCUUUGGUUCCAGAGAAUCUCCUGAAGAAGAGGAAAGCUUACCAAGCACUCAAAGCAACUCAGGCUAAGCAAGCACUUUUGGAAAAGAGGAAGCAAAAGAAAGGAAGGCAGCUCAAAUUCAGACGGCUGGAAUCAUUUGUCCAUGAGUCCCAUCGGAUCGUCCGUGAUGUGGCUCGUCUCAGGCGCCUGGAUUCAAAGCCUGGGUGCUAUGUGCUGAAGGAUGCACAUCGUCUGGCCUUUGUGGUCCGUAUGGAGAGGAUUAAUGGAGUGAGUAACCAGGUGACAAAGACUAUAGAGGAACUUCGUCUGAAGAAAAUUUAUAGUGGUGUGUUCAUUAAAAUGACCCCAGAUUCCUUAAAGAAACUUCGAAUUAUAGAGCCUUAUGUAGCUUGGGGAUAUCCUAACCUAAAAUCUGUCCGUGAGCUCAUUCUGAAACGAGGACAAGCCAGGAUAAAUAAUAAGAAAGUCUCUCUAACAGAUAAUACUCUGAUUGAGGAGCGUCUAGGGAAGUUCGGUAUCAUCUGCCUGGAAGAUGUCAUCCAUGAAAUCUGCUCAGUGGGGGAACAUUUUUCUCAGGUCUCGAGGUUCCUGUGUCCUUUCCCCCUGUCUGUGGCCCGUCAUGCUGCCAAGAAUAGAGUGGGCUUUCUUAAGGAAAUGGGCAAACCUGGCUACCGAGGUGAAAGUAUUAAUCAGAUCAUUCGGCAGCUGAACUAGGCCCAGGAUCUCAGAAGAUUUACAUCUUUUCUGAGUUUGUACCCAGUAUCUUCAAAGAAGAUUUCUUUUGUGCUAGAACUUUCUCUGGAAACUAAUGAGAUAGGAAGAAAAGAGUAUCACCUAUGUAGAAGCAACUUUUCCGCCUUCUAUACUUUUCCUCAAGGAAGAAACCAUAUUGGUUUAUCCAGCCAGCUUCAUCUUGGAUUAAAGUCUCGUGACCAUCGAAGAGGAGUGGCUAUACUUCAUACUUUGGGAUUGGAAGCUAGAUUGAACCCAUUCCAGUUUUUUCGUGGUGGCCUCCCAUCCAGAGAGCAAUCAGUUGUUAGCCAUAUGUGGUUCUGUACUCCGAGGGUUGAAUGUUGUAAAAUACACUUUGUCACUCUGCUCUUCACUUGGAAACUCCACUUGGAACAAGAUAAUGGGACCUGAUCUGGGUUUUGAAGUGACAUUCAAAUAUAAUGGGCUAUCAUCUUUGGGACUCUGUUUUUUAUGAUACCUGUAUGACUCAGGGUCUUGCCUAGCAACUAUGUUAGUGGGCUUCUCAUGCAUCGGCACUGCUCUCAUGCCACCACUGUACACCAGGUCCCAUUCCUUCUUGCCAUUAAAGUAGAGCUGUUGACUGUAGCCUGCCACAAAUUUAGCCCUUUCUGGGUCAAUAUGAAUCAAAUUUUGUUUUUCAUUACCCUUAUUUUGUGGUCUUCCCUUGCCCCUUAUCUUUUCCCCACAAUCUAAGGUAAUAAGUAACUAAUUAUCAAAGUGUCCAUAAGGGGUAGUAAUAGUAAUAGCCAACAUAUAGGGCAUUUAAAGUUUGCAAAAUGCUAUAUCUUUGUUCUGUCAUUUAAACCCCACAAUAGCCCUGUGGAGUUAAAUGCACCUUAAGCCCUAUUAUACAAAGAGAAAUAAGUCUUGGAGAACUUGCCCAGGGUCACAUGACUAGGAAAUGUCUAAAGUGUGAUUCAAACCCAGGUUUUCCAGAUCCGAGGUUCAGCAGCAUCUGUACCACCACACAACAGAUGUUUUAGCCGAGAUUUCAUAUGUGGUCUUAAGAGUCACUAAGUAUGCCCGCCUUUAUGUGGCCGUGGGAGAGAAACCAAAACAUGUUUAUUAAUCAUUUAUGUGCUCAGCACUUUAUAACUGUUCUCUCAUUGAGCCUUGUCUUGGGAACAUCACAGGAACUCCCCCCCUUUCUUUCUAGGCAGCUCCUUGAUCCAUCUCACUUGUUCUGACACACUGUUUAAGAUGCAGAGCAGACAUUUGGCACUUGGGAAAUUCACGAAGCAGCAAGAUUCUUACCUUGGCUGCCAUUUAGUUGAAGUCUGGUGAUGAAUGCAUUGUGUUUCUCUGCAAGAGCUCCACCACUUGCUUCUUUCCAAUGAAAAAGAAUAAGCAAUCUUGAAAUUUUGGAGACUGUUUAAAAUUGAGUAGGUUUGUGCUAAUUUUAUGGUUAAUGGUUUAAGUGGGAAACUAGCUAAGGACUCCUUUUUCCCUGGUUACACUAGCGGGAAACUCUUAACUGGCAUACUUUUGUUAGGGUCCCAGUCUUUCAAAUGUUGUCAACUUAAAAGACUAUUAAAGCUAUAUAACUAGAAAAGGUAAAAGGAUGUCAUUUGUAUCACCAGUUCCUAAAGUGCAGAUUAAAAACUUCCCAUACUA